AUGACGUCAAUAGAAGAGGACCUCAAGCGAGCGCUGGCAUCACUUAGCGAGAUCUCCGACCUCAAGACGGCCGCUGAAGAAGAUGCGGAUGCCUCGUCGCCAGAAGCACGAGCGGCAGCGAUGCAACUACUCACUGCAUCCACCCCGCUCUUCUCUAGACUAAAGCGGGUCAACCGCAGCAUUUACAACGACCUUCAAUCGCAAAAGAGCCGAGUAGCCGAAGAGAGGGCCAAGGUCGAUACUGCGCGGCUGGCGCUGGAGAACCUCAAGUACGAGGAGAGCAUGUUGGAACUGGAGGUCAAGGUGUGCCAGGAGUUCCAGUCGAUCUAUCAGGACAUCCAGCUGCAUGACGAGGACGAGUUCCGCCAGCUCUACGCUGCUUCGCAGUCAGAUGGCGCUGCGGAGGAGUUGGCGGAAGAGGACCUGGGAGACGACCACAAGCUCAUGCUGGCAAGACUUAGAUUCGAGUUGAGAGAGCGAAAGAGGCUGGAAGCAGAGAAGCAGAGCUUGCAACAGGACAAGACCGAAGUGGCCAAGGAGAAUAGGGAGAAAAAGGUCAAGCUCGAAGAGAUCGAGAAGGGGAUCAAGGAGCUGUUGGCGGGAGCGAAGGGCCUGCAAGGCAUGAUCCAGAGCUUGUAG